UCCCGUCCGACUCCGCGCCCAGGUGGCCACCGCGGACUCAGGUGCGGCGCAGCCGGCGCAGGGGGCUCGCGACCGCAACAUGGGCAACUGCGCGGGCCGCAGCGACUUCGAGUGGGUCUACACCGACCAGCCGCACACGCAGCGGCGCAAGGAGAUGCUGGCCAAGUACCCGGCCAUCAAGGACCUGAUGCGGCCGGACCCGAACCUCAAGUGGGCGGUGCUGGGCCUGGUGCUGGCGCAGCUGCUGGCCUGCUGGCUGGUGCGGGACCUGGCGUGGCGCUGGCUCCUGUUCUGGGCCUACGCCUUCGGCGGCUGCGUGAACCACUCGCUGACGCUGGCCAUCCACGACAUCUCCCACAACACGGCCUUCGGCACGGGCCGCCCCUCGUACAACCGCUGGUUCGCCGUCUUCGCCAACCUGCCUGUGGGCGUGCCCUACGCCGCCUCCUUCAAGAAGUACCACGUGGACCACCACCGCUACCUGGGCGGCGACGGGCUGGACGUGGAUGUGCCCACGCGGCUGGAGGGCUGGCUCUUCUGCACGCCGGCCCGCAAGCUGCUCUGGCUGGCGCUGCAGCCCUUCUUCUACUCGCUGCGGCCGCUCUGCGUGAACCCCAAGGCCAUCACCCGCAUGGAGGUGCUCAACACGCUGGUGCAGCUGGCCGUGGACCUCGCCAUCUUCACGCUUGGGGGCAUCAAGCCCGUGGUCUACCUGCUGGCCAGCUCCCUGCUGGGCCUGGGCCUGCACCCCAUCUCGGGCCACUUCGUGGCUGAGCACUACAUGUUCUCCAAGGGCCACGAGACCUACUCCUACUACGGGCCGCUCAACUGGAUCACCUUCAACGUGGGCUACCACAUGGAGCACCACGACUUCCCCAGCAUCCCGGGCUGCAACCUGCCCCUGGUGCGGAAGAUCGCACCCGAGUACUACGACCACCUGCCGCAGCACCACUCGUGGGUGAAGGUGCUCUGGGACUUCGUGUUCGAGGACUCCAUGGGGCCCUAUGCCAGGGUGAAGCGGAAAUGCAGGCUCGCCCAGGACCAGCUCUGAGCCCCGGCUGCUGACCGGGGGCCGCAUCGCUUGCUGCCCAUCCCGCCCCUGGCCCUGCGUGCUCCGUGGCGGCCUGGCUGCCCUGCCCCAUGCCCCUAACUGCUGCUUUUUGUCCCCACUGAGCCCGGGCUGGUGAUGGUGGGCACGGCCCCCGGAGCAGCCGCUUGGUUUGCAUGUGGACUCAUGGGCAGCGAGGCCUGCGUCACUAGCUGGCUCUGCGCCUGGCGUCUCUGUGGAGCUCACGUGUCCAGGCUUUGCAAGCCCCGAAUUAAACCAAGGUGUGUUUUCA